AUGGAAGGCAAAGAAGAGGAUGUGAGAGUGGGUGCUAACAAGUUCCCAGAGAGGCAGCCGAUCGGUACAUCAGCUCAGAGCGACAAGGACUACAAGGAGCCACCUCCUGCGCCACUGUUCGAGCCCGGAGAGUUAAGCUCAUGGUCGUUUUGGAGAGCAGGAAUCGCCGAGUUCAUAGCUACCUUUCUCUUCCUUUACAUCACAGUGUUGACAGUAAUGGGAGUGAAGAGAGCACCAAACAUGUGUGCCUCUGUGGGAAUCCAAGGCAUCGCUUGGGCUUUUGGUGGCAUGAUCUUUGCUCUCGUCUACUGUACUGCUGGAAUUUCUGGUGGACACAUCAACCCUGCGGUUACGUUCGGUCUGUUCUUGGCUAGGAAGUUGUCUCUGACCAGAGCUGUUUUCUACAUGAUUAUGCAAUGUCUUGGAGCCAUCUGUGGCGCCGGAGUCGUUAAGGGUUUCCAGCCAACGCCGUACCAGACUCUCGGUGGCGGUGCCAACACUGUCGCUCCUGGCUACUCCAAGGGAUCUGGUCUCGGUGCUGAAAUCAUCGGAACCUUUGUUCUCGUCUACACGGUCUUCUCCGCCACCGACGCCAAGAGAAGCGCCCGUGACUCACACGUCCCGAUAUUGGCACCGCUACCAAUAGGGUUUGCAGUGUUCUUGGUACACCUGGCGACAAUUCCGAUAACCGGGACCGGAAUCAACCCAGCUAGAAGCCUUGGAGCCGCAAUUAUCUACAACAAGGACCACUCCUGGGAUGAUCAUUGGAUAUUCUGGGUGGGACCAUUCAUUGGAGCAGCUCUAGCAGCACUCUAUCACACGAUUGUCAUCAGAGCCAUUCCUUUCAAGAGCAAGAGCAAGAGCUGAAGGAUGAUGAUGAAACAAAAUAAAUAUUCAAAUGUCCUUGCUUACUAUUUUUAUCAUGUAGCUUUUGUGUGUUGCAAUGUAUUUACUACUCUCUUUAAGGAGGAGUCUAUUUUAAGAAUGGUAUUUGGUAUUUUGUGAAUUUCUUGUAUGCUUUUAAAGUACAUUGGGUUGUUCUAUGUGUUGUUUAGUUGUUAAUCAUCUCUGGUUUGCAAUGUACUUCUACACUGUUCUUUGUGUUGCAUCUCAAAAUGAUUUGGGGUUUCUAUUGUAAUAAAAGCGUUUCAACUUUCAA